AUGAAGUGGACGUUGUUCUUACUUUUGGUGGCUGGUGCUGUCGUUCUGGCUGCUGCCCAGGAUCUUGAAGAAGAUAACGAGCUGUUCACUGAAGAUCAGCAAGACGAAGCUUCAACGGCCGAGGAUAAUAGCAGCAACGAGGAGGACGAAGAUGACCAAGUCAAUCUUCGCGUUGUUCGAUCGGCUAGCCAGCCGGAAGGAGCCGGAAGAGGCCGCAACAGGGGAUCCGCCAGGGGGAACGCAGAGCAAGGAGAAAGACGCCGCCGGGGAGAGGGUAAAGCUUGCCGAUACACCAAGGGCGCCUGGUCCGAAUGCAACACUGCCACCAAUCAACGCUCGCGCAGUAUGACGCUGAAAAAGGGCGACAGCAGCUGCGAACAAUCCAAGACCAUCACUAAGAAAUGCAAAAAAGGUUAG